CGCAACUAUGAGGCUCAUUAUGCCAUAUCAUCUGAAAGAGUUCGACUUAAUACGGAAAAUUUUUACGCAGUUGAAAAGCAUCAUUGAAUGAUACUUAUCGUGGAGUCCUCGCCUGCUUCGAUAUCGGUAAUGGUCACCUACACUCGAUAAUUCACUGGGUUCGAUAGACCCAUCAUCUUGCUUACUAGUGCUGCGUGUGCACAAGGGAUGUAGAGUCUUCGUUCUUCGAUACUUUAUCUGCAGCUGAUCCCAUUGUUGCCCUCUUAUUUUCCGAAAAUGAAACUCCAACUCGGCGUAAAACUAGUACACCUGCUGGGUGUAGUGUGUGACGGUAGAGGCCUCUGCUUGCGGUCGUGAAGGGAUUCACCUUGCCAGAAAUCUAAUGAAGAUUGAUGAAUGAAAUAUUGUCGUAUUUUGUUUACGUACCGGCACGAGCUCCAAGAUCAAAGUCAGAUGUUCUUAUCGGAUCUGCGGGAUGCGGGCCUUUCCCGCUCUGAGGGGGGCUGACGCGCGCUUCGCGGCUGCGUGUCAAGUGACGGCACUCUUUCCCUUGCGACCAGAUUUUUCCGCAGCGAGGUUGAUCAGUUUUUGAAGCGCGAUUGCUCGGUUUAGAGGGUUAUCGAGGCGUGGGCUCGUCGACACUCUCAGCUGAGGUUGCGAACCUUCCUGCCCCGAAUCGAAGAGCAAAAGCCGACCGUACGAGGCUGAUCGCGAUAGACGAUCAGUACGAGCACGACGAUAGCGACUGUCCUUCCCGCGAAGCAGACAUCAACGAGAUUACUGCCGAUGAUGGACAGUGAGUGUUUGCAGCGCACGUAAAAGAUACCUGGAAAGGAGGUAGUUGCAGUCGUUGGUCGGUCUCUAUCGCGUCACCGAACCCGUCCGCGUGCUGACCUAUUGAUGCGCAAUACGAGCGUCUGAAUGAAGAACUACAAGGUCGGCGACACGCGAAUGGUAAGUUGGAGCAAUCAACAGGGCCGACAAAGCAAAGACUGUGUUCAAUAAAAGAACAUUUAGCAGUUGAUACGUUCUUCAAAUCUAGAUUCGAAUCAACAAGAACUUCGGAUGCAACUUACAACGGCCUAGACCUCCUGCUUGAAGUCACCGAAGAGAGGCCGCGCAAAGAUGCCGAUGGCACGCAAAGAGAGAACGCACCAGACUGGUGCAAGCAAUAGGGCGACGGGAUGGAAGCCCAUAAAAGGGGUGCCGACGGAUUUCGACGGCACAAUGAGGUCGACACUGCCCCGUGAAUACAGCUAUCACCUGUCAAGGAAUGCGCCGUUAAUGCAACAAUCGCGAGAGGCGAACACGGUAUCUAUUUCUAUUUUGUUUGAAUGGAAGACGAAGAUUCUAGAUCGAGUUUCAUUUUGCAUUGUGGUGCUACUCUUUCGUCAUCAUGCUCUGGAAAGAUUCAUCGAUUUUAAGAGCCGUAUCGCUUUUGCACGCUCAGGUCAUCUUCUGUCAGAAAAUGUAGGUAGACCUACCUGCUACAUUCUUAAGUUCUUGAGACAACCCUGCUUACUAGGAUUUCGAGCAAACACUCGCGGGAUGCGACUAUAGGCGUGGAGAGACUCUGACGGAUACGCAGAUCGAAGUGCUCAACCAGACCCGCGACUUGAAGAAGACGAUUGAGCAGGCAGAAGCUGAUGCGAAAAAGCCACCAGAACCAGAGAUAAUUAUGGCGCCACGCCUCGCAUCAGUGAAAGCACAACCAGCGCGACUCCCGGGGGAGAAAGUUGACAAGUCACUGCCUUCAUUACAGGUAGUUCUACUAUCAUGAACUAGAUAUGAAUCUUUGUGUGUCUAGAAUAUUAAUCCACUAUGUAUCUAUCAUUUCAUCGUGAGUGAAAUGAUGCUAGUGGUGUAUAUCAAGAUGUGGUGGGUUGAUCUACUUUUCAGUCGUCGGGUUACGGUUAUGAUAGUUGUUCGACAAGGCUCUUCUUAUCUAUUUGCACACACAAACCUUUGCCAGGUCGGGCAUCAUGUUUUACCGGGUACAGUCCAGAGUUUGCCACGAUGGAAUGCGAGGUCAUGGUGGGAGCCUUUGAAGAUUGAGACUGUUUCAAAUAUCAAAGGCGAAGGAGAAAUCACGUGGAACAGCAUGGACUCACACUUCCUCAAGAGGAGGAAGGUACAUUUUUAUGUUCAUGAGCCAGUGAAGACGGAACCCUUCAUUUGUGUUUUUUCCUCGGUAGGUCGACCGCUAUUAUGAGAAUGAAGAUGUCGAACUCGAAACAGAAAUAUUCAUCCUGUGUCAGUUUGUUACGAGUCGUUUGUACCAACGAGCUCUUGAUUGAUGAGACAAGAACGGAUAAAUAUGUAGUCCUCUCAUAUUGACGCAUUCGGAACGUAUCAUGGCCCAAAAAAUGUUUGUAUUCUUUUCUUACAACUUCGCAGGGUCAAGAUUUCCUUUUUCGAACGACGAGAACGCAGGCGGAAGCAGAUCAGGAGGAUAGGGAGGCAGAACAGCGGGAUUUGAAUAGGCUCGAGGAAUAUUACCCCAGGCGCGAAUUAGUGGACAGUGUGAAGAGGUACAAAGCGAAAUUUUGAUCUUAAUGUAUUUAUUAGUUGAUUUUUUGAUUUGUUUCUUUUUCUAAUUAGGGCUCGACUGAAAUUUACUAUUAAAUAUACUCGUCUGGUAACAAAACGUAAGCGUGCUAAUUAUUACUAAUUUAGUUGAAGCAAAUCCGGCUCAACUGAUCUUCCUCCACGACAUCAUUCACAUUCAACACGACAGGAUUGAACCCGGGAAUGACACGCAAGUGCGACCGGUCUAUCUCCCUGACUUGGCAUACCACGUACCUAGUAAAACCAACGCUGAAAUGAAGGCACGUGUUGAGAGGUUACGAGGGGUGCUCCGACAAAAGUACAAUAGAGUUUUUGACUUUGUAUCACUUUCUUGGUACUAGUUAUGUUGUGCUGUUCGUUGCCUUGCGUACCAAAGCGAUCUUUAUCUGCUCCACGUGUGCGGAUGAACGUAAGUAUCGUUACGUUAUGAUUGAUCCUACGACUAACAGGUACGGUGGACGACCAGGGCUGAACAAAGUCUUCCGAGCCUUCGCAGCUACGAAGCCAAGCUUCUUGCUACCUAAAGACUUGCAUUUUGUGCUGGAUAAGAUGGGAAUUGUGGCAGAUAUGCGAGAGUGCGAGCUCCUAAUUCAAGCAGUAGAUCGAACAGAGAAGGGUGCCAUUACGUGCGAAGAAUUCUCGGACUUGGUACCACAAACUUGUAGUACAAUCUCGGUGAUUUCAGAAGAUUUAAUAAGUUCUUGUUUCCUCCACUUGAUUGGUGACAAAAAUGAAAAGUCGUAUGUUCAGUUCUAACUCGCCUUCAGCAUUUUUGUCCGUGUCCCUCUGGAAAAAAAUAGCUCAUGAAUAUACUAGAUUUUCUCACCGUUAAUCGAAAUCGGGCGCGGUGCAGAAGACGCCGUAGAGCGGCACACGGCUGCAAUAACGCAAAACAUUUUAGACAUGCUCGUUGAAAGGGGGCAAUACCUUGGGAAGGCUUUCUGCGACGUGGAUCCAGAUCGCAAUUACCUCAUCAGCAAGGAGCAGUUUGCUACCGCCUUAGGGACAGCAUGUACGUGAUUGUGCUUUCCUAUGUUUGUCUAGUACUCUGCGCAUUGUCUCGGGUUACACUUUUCGAUUCAUUUUUUAUCUGCACAAGUCUGUACUUUUCCUCGUCUCUGUCUUCAGUGUCACUCGCUGUAUUUACAAGAGUUUCGUUUUCGACGUUGGUGUUCUGAACUUCUUAUAGAUACAGGUAACCACUUGAGCGAGCAGGCAAUCGAAUUUUUGUGGGCAGCGCAGUUUCCUGUUUCGGGAAACAAUGAUGAUCCAAAUACCAUGUCUCGACUGGUGGAAUCCGUGAAUCCAGCGAAGACUGGUAUCUAUGUAAAUAUAUACGAUACGCGGUGUAGAAAAAUAACCGAAGAUCAUGAUCAAUCUUAUAAGUAUUGAGUAGUCGUGACAAGAGCUUGCCACUUCACGAAAGAUUUUCCUUCCUCGAAAAAUUUCGUUUCUUUCUUACCGCACCUGUUCAGCAAGCGCGUCCCCAGUGAAGCUGCCAGCAAAACCAGAAGCAAGCUCACCAAUCCCAGCAGGCGCGAGUACGGGCACGGUAGGGCUGAUACCCGGUCCUGAAGUACAAGAGCUUGGCCAGUCUUCGCCUAGUAGACUGCCAGCGCUGGACUUAUCAGCUAGCGGCGGUAGAAAAGCGAGUGGAUCGCCACCACGACCCGGAACGACUGCGGUCGGAGUUAGAGUAGGUAGUCCAGCCGGUGGCAGUCCCGUAGGAUCACCGGCUCCCGCAGUGAACACGCAGGCCGAACUACCAACAAGCGAACCGCCGGGGGCGCCUUACGGGUUUCUACCAGGAUCCGGGAGCAGAGUGCAAGUAGUGUCUCCAGCACAGGAUGCUGAGCGACUAACAAUGGACUUCACCAAGCAGACAGUGGCUCUGAGUAAGGAGGAGAGGAUAAAACAAGCGAAGCUCGACUCAAAACGACGGGCAAUAGUGAAAGGCGAGCGGGUCCCGGCAGAUCCGUACAAGAACAAGAUUGAUUGGACCAUGUUCAUGAAGCUUUUGACUGACUACGUAAUGUCGCUGCGCCCCCUGACGCCUGUCUAUUAUCAGGGGAAGAAGAGACACUACGAUCUCUUGCAGCGCACAGUGGCGCUAACGGGUGGAGCGGUUCCCGACCUCGACCUGAACAGGCCAGGGAUGGAUCCUGAAACGAAAAUACAAAUAGUGGCCGAUAGAAUGGUCACGAAGGAGCCGAAACUGGCAUAUAUGCCGAGCGAAGUAGGCAAUUUAAGUCUUGAUGUCAUUGUAGGUUGCUAUCGAUCCCAAAAAAGAAUGUCUGCAAGUUCGUUCGAGAACAGAUUUCUAAGCACUAUGCAUGUCUACAAAGAAGUUCGAACUGAGUUUUGAUAGAACUAAAAACCAGUUCUGAGCGUGAGCUUGCACUAGUCGAUUAUAAAGAUUUAACUCACAAGAUCUUUUAUAAAGGUUACUCAGCAUCGAUAACGGCAUUUAAAUAUACUGUCAGGUUGCAAUGCAGACUGUGAAUUACAACGAGGCGAUCCGAGUGAAGGCGUACGCCGCAAGGCGCGCGAUCUACCAUAAUAUUAGCAAGGAGAGGUUUGCUUAUUUAGCGAACACCUAUGAGCAGAUCCCACGGCAGGACUUUAUCAAAAUUGUCCAUGCAGAGGUUUUGCGGCCAGGAUCCCAGAGACCGUAUCUGCGUCCAGGCGGAAGUUUGCCUCCGGACUACGUGUCGCCUAGACCUGAUAUGGACGAGAUUGAGCGGGUGCGGGAUCCAGAGCACGUUGCAGAGUUCGCUAAGGCCGUAUAUGGUCCUUCAGUGCUCGAACCAAAGACCAGAGGCAAGGGGCAACACAUACAAUGUGAGCUGGCAGAUGUCGAGGCCUGGGUACUUGAGUAUGCUGAGCCUAAGCCUUUGUUUAUGUCUUUCAUAGUUGCAAAAUAUAGGUCCCAAGCAAUGAUCGCCUCGAUCAAGCAGACAGUUGAAUGCAUGCUUACUUCUACCAUCACCAAAAUUCCAUCAGAGAAUGGUGAAUCAAUUUUGAAGACGGAGCUUUCCUCACACCCACACAUGAUAUUCUUCUACUCAUGCGUUUUUUCCAAAAUUUUAAUUUUUUUCAGGUCGGUGCUGAGUUUGGGAAUAAGGACGACAUGAUUGCCCCGCACAGAGCCUGGAACAUUAUUGAGAAGCAAAAUGAGGACGCGCUUUCCAGGGUAGACGACACGCGAGAUGGACUGAACAGGGCAUUGCGGCAGUUGCGACCGAUGCGACAGCGACCUAGGGACAGCACUAUGACAGAAGAAGAGCGAAAAGCUGCUGAGGAAGAAGAUACUGGGAAAGCCAAAACUAGUGCUAGUUCAACGCAAGACAGAAGAAGAGAAAAAGAGAUGGAAACGAUGGUCUACCAAGAAGACAUGCCGCCAGAGCCGGCCUACAAAAAUUACUGGCAGGUACAUAGAGCGCCUGCAGGGCUUUUUUUUGGAUCUUCAAGGAAAGCUAUUGAUGGAUGCGAGGCAGUUUGGCUUUCUUUCAGUUGUAACAAGUAAGUAGUACUUUUACUCUCCUAGCCCUACAAUCUGCUAGAUCUCGUUCCUAGCUUUUGUGAGGACCAGCAAUAUAAUGUCCGCAUUUCAUCAGGCGCGGUACAUGAUGGAACUGGUUUCGGAUGGACUAGAGAAAAUGGAAAAUGGAGCAAGCGGAAAGCUGAGGAGUUACAAGGCCUUUAAACGGCUAGACAAGGAUAACGACAACUAUAUUACGCUCACCGAUUUAGAUGCGACCUUGAAGCAGUUCAAGAUCCCAGCGACCGCUGAAGAUCUUCACGCUUUGUUUUCCGAGCUGGACACAAGUGAUAGAGGCUCAGUGGACAUCGGACAGUUCAGCAGGAGGUACAACGAAUUUCAAAUUUUGUUGCGAGUCACUCUCCACGUCGGAGACAAGUACUUCAAUAAAACUAGGUUGUUCUAUGAAUAUUGAACCUGAUUCUUGUUCUUAUUGACUUCAAUCUAGUCCAUUCAGAUUCACCAUCCUCAUACGUAACCUGAUGAGAACGACAAUGGGCUACAAGUCGAAAGCUAACCCGGGCUGAUACUGUUGUGUGCUGACUCUCUUAAUUUUCAUCUGCAGGUUCCGUACUUUCCAGGGUGGCCUCCUUGACAAUAUGCAGCGGCCAGUAGCGGCAGUGGCGUUCGACGGGUCAGCACCUUUGAAGAUUGGCCCGUUAGCUGAGCGAGAGCGCAUGGAGGCUGCGCGACGUGGACACGGAAUACAACAGUUGACUGAUAUGUACACUAGUACCGCUCCUGCCGGUGGUGAAAUUGCGGCAGACGCGGCCGCCGGGUACGCAACUGAAGCCGCUGAUGGAGCCGAGAUGCCUUUAGGAGCUAGUAGUAGUUCCGGUAAAGCAUCUGCUUCAGGUAGAGCAGUUGUAGAAGAGGGUGACGUCGCUGGUGUUUCCGCAAGCGCACCGGCCGCAGUCCCCGCAGGUGUAAUGGCACCACCUGAGGACAUACCAGCUACGCCACAUGAAAUUGAUGAACCGAUGUCACCAGGCUAUGAACAAAUGAUCCAUCCAGACGAUGAUUUGGAAUCACGAGCGGGCGACUAUCGAAUGAAGCCGUAUAGAGGCAUACUGGGAGAGAAGCGUACGUACGGAUCAGUGACGCAGGUCAUCAAAGCUCGAACAGACAGGUAACGUAAACAUUAGUGAAAAUGUAUGUGCAGUUGUAGACGCUGGAUCCUUUAGAAUCUUAAGUAAAGCAAAAGCAUCUUCAUGGUUCCCGAUCUUAACUACAGUCACAAAGAAAUAUCGAUGUAGUUUCUUUCCAUCGCCUUACAAGAAACAUUGAUUCAGGUGGAAGCCAAAAAAGCACGAGCUCUACACACGUCUCCCUCCCGGUAGAUUUCAACGGACACUAUAUCCUGAUACACGGGGCACAAUCGAGCCUAUACCCGACAAAUCCAUUGCCAGUUACAUGCCGGACGAACAGCGGUGAGGUUUUUUUUCCAUCGUGAUCGUGUCGUUUACGUAUUUGUUGCAACUGUUCCUUGUUUGACUUCGAACUUUAAUGAAUGAUAUAAUCUUAUGAUCAUGGUAGGUUCAAGACGAUGUCCUUAGCGCAUAGUAUUUAUGCCGCACCGGAUUCGGAGAUACCCGCACGAUUCGACCGGCUGAAGAGCAUGGCAAUUCGGGAAUUCCGAGUAAACAGGUUGCAGAAUCGUAUCGCGGAAAUCGGUAAGCGCAAAGAGCUUGCAGAGGAGGCGGCUCGGGAAUUUGAGGAAAAACGCAUUGCCAGAAAGGCCUUAAACCUCAUGAACUAUGAGCGUAAGAUUCGUGCAACUGCGUGACUUACGCCGUUCUCGCAGAUGUUCUCUUUCAUGGGACGGAUGCGCUCGCACCUUUUCCUUCGAUCUUUGCGAGUCUAUUUCUUUACCUAGGUUGAACUUGAAGUUCCUGAGAAUUCAACGUAUACUUAUCCGUUCUGCUUCUUGACCUACGCGCGUCUUCCCGUUCGUGCUGGUCCUAGUUUAACGGAGGCGAGAGGAAGUUGAGGUUGACACUUAACGACAUUUGAAAUUAUAGUGAAAUAUAGAGAGAUAAACUUAAACUAGUUUGAUAAAUUCUAUCAUGUUAUUCGGCGAGGCCACAGGCCCUACUUGGUAUGUUGAAAUAAAUGUAAACUGCAUAUUGUUCUGGAUCGGUAUCCAUUGCGAAAAAAGUUACUAGUAUGCGCAAAAGUUUUGUCUGGGCUACCGCAGCAAAAGCUGGCUAGCAAAAGUACUGCUCGUCCUUUCUUAAAAGCGAUAAAUUUGAGCCGAAACACCCCGUAAUUCAAUGAUGGUUUACUUCCUUCUUCACUAAAAACUAUUGUUAAGCUUAUAACUCUUACUGACUGUAAUACACGAUUACCUUCUAUUAAGUAACUAGUACUCCUUCGAUUGAUUUUUCAAACUGCUCAAGCUCAGUUUCCGCGAUUCAUUGAAAGAAUGUCAGACCACCCUGCCCCGCCACAAUAGAUUAAAGCCAGGUAAUUGCACAGAAAUCUAACUUACGACGUAAUGUGACAGAGUAUCAGAGGACAGUGUCUAUUACUCCAAAAAAUAUUCGAGUUAUUUUACCUUGUUGUCAGUGGGCCGUCGAACUAAAAGCGCAUACUGCAUCUUCGUUUGAGACAUUUUGAUUUGUAUUCACAGCACCGUAUUGAUUUUCUUAGGAUUUAUUAAUGUGAUGAACUCGUGCAGGCACGACUGCUGUGACACGGCCCAGAUAUGCCCGCAAGAGGGUUGCCAACGUCGCCGACUGAAUGAAUGAGUGAGGAAUCUACUGAGCGAUCUUGAAAGUAUUCCUUAUUUAUAUAAGCAGAACUUUGCAAAUGGAAAGUAAUAUUUCCGUGUCGCGGAGAGUAUGAGCAGGCGCCCUGACCAAUGCCGGGCUUUCACAUUCGUGAGUCAGAAUCAGAUGGAAAAUAGAUCCCCAUUUAGCUUGUCUAGAAAGAAGUACGUUUUUGUCAUGUUUCGUAAGAUGAAGCAUAGCAAAAGAGGUUGUUUUGUACAGACUUGAAGAGACACGUCGAAACUGACUCAUAAAAAUACGUGCAUAGUCGUUUCUUACUCGACGACGUUAUUUUUGAUGAGGUAGGCAGCGAUGCCUAGUAGCGGUUGUUGCCUAGGCAAAGGAGGCCGGGUCGUUGUCGAGGUGAGACCGGAGGGCUAGCGAUACACAUUCAUUUAUCAUCGUGUGCAUGACCUGAAAAAUUUCUAGACAAUCGUCGUGCCGAGACAGAUAUUUCAAGCAUUGCUAAGAUGCUAUUCCUGCGAGAUGACGAGUCUAGGAGUUACCAAGCCAGCUAUCUAUGUCAUGACCAUGAGUCAUUCAUUGUAUAGUACAUUCUUUCAUUACUCACAUGAUCUAUUGCAUGCUGAUGCGGCUGGUAUGGGUAUGUAUCAAUCAGUAUAUUUGCAUCAUACAACUACAUGCACGUCUUCCACCUAUGAAGGAAAGAAAUUCUAUUCUUUCAAGUAUGGCAUGAAGGCGUCGCCGUGCGCGCUUGAGCAACGUCGUGCUCUAACUCUUUCGAAGUCGUGUAAACAUCAACCUAAAUGAUUGUCAAAACAGCACUCACAGAACUAGUAGAUGCAAGGAGGUGAGCACUCUGAGGAAGAGUAAAGGACAACCUCAGUGGUUCCUUGCAUGAGGAAAAGGUAUUGGUAGGUCGUGAUUUGUGAGGCAGGGUAAAGAUGCGUACCUGAGACACCCAGAAAAAGAUGCAUUUGCAAUUCGUUUGACUCGUGAAUUCUGCGUAUAUCACCAUCAUCACCCAGAAAAAAUGCAAGAGUUGGUAAGCGUCUGGCCUUCAAUUGCUGGAACGAAAAGAAC